AUGCCGGAUGGAGAAGCUGGCGGCCUUUUAAGUCCCGAAUCCAAUCGGGGCUCGGAGUCGAAUGAGGCCGCAAACCAACUGACCAAGUUGAAGAUCGAUAUCAUCACGAACCUCGUUUCCUCUCCAGACGAACGUCCAACAUCGCCCGCCAUGCCCGCCAAGAAGAACGCAGCCCAGCCGGCCCCCUCAGCCGCUGCGACCAGCCAAUCCAGCACCACGGCGGCGGGCUCUGUCCCAGCGCCUGUGGGAGCAGCGCCAAUCUCGACGCCCGUUUCCGCGCCGGCAGCCAAGAGCGCCCCGGCCAACUGGGACAAGGUGCUGCAGAACAUCUACAAUCACUACAUGAACGAGACGCCGCAGCGGACCAAGCUCAUCGACGUCUUCCUCGUCUUCAUCGCUGUUGUGGGCGCAUUGCAAUUCCUCUACUGCAUCCUCGCUGGCAACUACCCGUUCAAUGCUUUCCUUUCAGGUUUUGGAGCCACCGUUGGCCAAUUUGUUUUGACGAUUUCGCUGCGUAUACAGACGGCUGCCGCGAACAAGAGCGACUUCCCAGAGGUAUCACCUGAACGAGCAUUUGCCGACUACGUUGUUUGCAGCCUGAUUCUACAUUUCUUCUGCGUCAACUUCAUCAACUAA